UGCAGUGGCAUCAGUCACCCAACGACCGAACAACACAGACCACAAUGUUCAAGCUGGUGGUGUUGUGCGCUUUCCUCGCUGCGGCGACCGCCGAUCCUUCCGGCGCGUUCUACGCCCAGCCUUUGACCUACUCGUCGACCGUGAUCUCGCCAGCGGUCACCACCAUCUCCAAGUCGGCCAGCAGCGUCGUCCACCCAUCGCCUACCUACUACUACAGCACUCCCUCUGUCUAUUCACACUUCAUCAAGAAACGUGGUGCGCCUUUCUACUUCCCGACCACCUAUGCCGCGGGCUCACCUCUGCUGGCGACGUCAUACUCCACUCCAAUCUUGCACAGCACGCCGUUGGUGGCCAGCACGCCUCUGAUCUCGACCCCUAUCGCCGCUGCACCCUUCGGCUACCCUGCUGCGCAUCUGAUCAAGAAGAGGUCGGCUCCCCUCAUUAGCACUACUGCAUACAGCGCUUACUCUCCUUUGACUUAUUCCACACCGUUGAUCUCUCAUACUCCUCUGAUCUCCGCAGCUCCUUACUACUCUUCUCCGAUUCUUUCCCAUGCUCCUCUGGCUAUUCCUCACCUGAUCAAGAAACGCUCUGCCCCCAUCUUGACCAGCGCUUACAUUGCCCCAACAUCAUACAGCCAGCAAUCCAGAAUCGAUUACCGUACUCCCUUGGUCAGCCACUACACGGCACCCCUGGCCUAUCAGAGCCCUUAUGCCUACACUCACGUGCUCUCGUGCUUGGCUCUCUGCCGUGGCCAUGCGGUAGUCCCAGUAGUGCCAGCAGCGCACUCCUACCACGGGCUAGUGGCGCCUUACCCAUUAGUGCAUCACGGUUACGCUGGUCAUGGUGUAUUGGGUCACGGAGUGGUCACCGGGCCGCUGGGACAUCACUUGUGGAAGCGCUCGCCGCAUUACGUAGCUCCGUUGGCAGCCGUGGCUCCACUGGCCCACGUCGCUCCCGAGGCCGUCUCGCACCAGGCUCGCUUGGACGUGCACUCUUCCCCAGCACUCGUGGCCCCCGUGCUGCCAAAAGCAUCAGUUAAUCCGAGUCGUUUGUCGUUCGCACCUGAACUAACACAGACCACGAUGAACUCGCUGGUGGUGUUGUUCUCGGUGAUGGCGCUGGCCGCCGCCAGCCCCUCGGGCCUGCUGGCCCCUGCCCCGCUGGCGUACUCCGCGCCGCUGGCGUACUCCGCGCCACUGGCGUACUCCGCGCCGGUGCUGGCCGCCGCGCCCACCGCCAUCUCCAGCCAGUCUCGCCUCGACAUCAAGUCCUCGCCAGCCGUCGUCAGCACUUCAUACGCCGCUGCUCCUGUGGCCUACGCCGCAGCGGCUCCCAUUGCUCCCGUGGCUUACACCGCACCUGUAGCUGCCGCAGCCAUAGCGCCCGCUGCCGUCUCGCACCAGUCCCGCAUUGACAUCAAGUCAUCCCCGGCCGUCGUCAGUACUUCUUACGCUGCUGCUCCCAUUGCCGCUGCGGCUCCCAUCGCAUACAGCGCUCCUGUAGCUUACUCUGCGCCGGUGGCAGCAGCGGCCAUCGCUCCCGCGGUUGUCUCCCACCAGUCCCGUGUCGACAUCAAGUCAUCUCCGGCUGUAGUUAGCACUUCCUACGCCGCGGCUCCUGUAGCCUACGCCGCUGCUGCCCCCAUCGCCUAUAGCGCCCCGCUAAUCAAGACUGCGGCUGUCACAACACCCAUUGUCGCUACUACCGGCUACGCAGCGCCCAUCGCUACUGCCGCCGUUGCGCCUGCCUUGCCCCUGGAUACCCCUGAGGUGAUCGCCGCCCGUGCCGCGCACUUCAAAGCCCACGCCCUCGCCGGCGCGCACCUGAUCAAGAAGCGCUCGGCGCCGCUGUUUGCCGCCCCGGUCGUGUCCACGUACUCCGCGCCGAUCGCCUACUCCGCGCCCAUCGCUCCAGUGACGUCGUACGCCUCCUACACCCCCCUCACCUACUCCUCGCCCCUCAUCACCAAGGCCUACAGCGUGCACCCCUGGUGAGCGCCAUCACGGUAACGAGGAUCUACUCGCCUCAGUUCAGUGACAUCGAACGUCAAUGGUUAACUUGUAAAUAAAUUGGAACAAUGAAA